UUGUUUUAUGUUAUUAUGAAUACUAUGUAUUAAAUUACUUUAUAAAAAUUCACAGUUCACAGAUAGUUCAUAGUACAUAAAUAUGAAAUAUUAUUGACAUAGGAAAUAUUUCAACUUUCAUACCUGCUUUUAGCCUUAUUACUUUAAUGAUAAUAAAGGUGUGGCAUUAUGAAAUUAAAACUAAACUACCUAAUUUAAUUUAAAGCCUGAAGAGAUAAAAUCGAAAUUUAACGACUAUUUUAGUCUCUGCCUAUUUUCUAAUUAUUAUUUACCCGCAAUAAAUAAAAGGUAUGCAGAAAAUUCCAAAAUUGCGCCAUCGAAAACUGGGAAAAAUUCCCUGCAUUGCUGUUUUUGGUUAAGGUGAGGACGCAUUGUUGUUAUGUUGAAAAAAUGUAUCAAAAAUGCCUUUAUCAAAUUACGACGUCACAACAGUAGCAGCUCCUCGCUGAUAUCGCGAAUAUCACAACAAAAGCAGUCUCAGUCAAGUUCAGUUGGUGACUGCAUUCAGAAGGUUAAUCAUCAAUCGUCACAUUUCAGAGGAAAACCGUCUAGAAUGGCCACAAAAGAGGAGAAAAGCAAGAAAAGCGUGUGCAUUGUGGGUAGUGGAAACUGGGGUUCCACUAUCGCUAAAAUCGUGGGUCACAAUGCCCUGAAACUGCCUCACAUCGACGACAGAGUGCUGAUGUACGUUUACGAGGAAAUGGUAAACGGAAGAAAGUUGACUGAAAUCAUUAACGAAACCCACGAAAAUGUUAAAUACCUGCCGGGCCACAAGUUACCCCAUAAUGUGGUGGCAGUUCCCGAUGUAAUACAAGCAGCCCGAGACGCGGACAUCAUCAUCUUCGUGGUGCCCCAUCAAUUCGUACGAACAUUAGCCGCAACUUUGCUGGGAAACAUCAAACCGAACGCGGUCGGUCUAUCGCUCAUCAAAGGCUUCGAUUCGGCCAAAGGCGGCGGCAUCGAUCUCAUUUCGCACAUCAUCACGCGCCACCUGAAGAUCCCCUGCGCCGUCCUGAUGGGCGCCAAUCUCGCCAACGAAGUGGCCGAAGAGAAAUUCUGCGAGACGACGAUAGGGUGCAAAGACUCCGCCAUCGGGCCCCUGCUCAAAGACAUCAUCCAAACCGAUUAUUUCAGAGUGACUGUAGUAGGCGAUACGGACACGGUGGAAGUCUGCGGCGCCCUCAAGAAUAUAGUGGCGUGCGGGGCCGGUUUCGUGGACGGGCUGGGCCUGGGCGACAACACCAAAGCGGCGGUGAUCCGCUUGGGUUUGAUGGAAAUGGUGAAGUUCGUCGACGUGUUCUAUUCGAGCGGUAAGUUGUCGACGUUCUUCGAGAGCUGCGGCGUGGCCGAUUUGGUGACGACCUGCUACGGGGGCAGGAACAGGCGCAUCAGCGAGGCGUUCGUGAAGACGGGCAAGACGAUCAGGGAGCUGGAGGAGGAGAUGUUGAACGGACAGAAGCUCCAGGGGCCGUUCACCGCCGAAGAGGUGAACUACAUGUUGAAGAGUAAGGAUAUGGAAAACGAUUUUCCGUUGUUUACGGCGAUUCAUAGAAUAUGUACGGGUCAAAUGCCGGCUACGGAGUUCAUCAAUAGUAUCAAAAUGCAUCCAGAGCACAUGACACCUAAGUAUGACGACAUUGAUCCAAGAAAACAUGAUCAUCACCAUCACAAUAGUAAACUUUAACAAACUUAGAAUCAGAAUCAUCGUUCUCUGAUUUUUGCUACAUAUAUGGUUAAAAAGUUUUGUUAUUUUUUUAUAUUCACGCUGUUCAAAUAAAGUAUACGUUAAGGUAUUAGCUAAAGCAUUUUCUAACAAUAAAUUCCUUUAACAUUCAUACUCAUUUUUCUACAUCUCCUUUAAUAAUCAAUAAUUCAUCUUGAGUGAUAUUUAUUUAUUUUUCUUUCUUUUUU